AUGAAUCAGCAUACAAUAAUAGACUGUAUAAUAAUUUUUGAUGAGAAUGACGACAUUCCUUUUCAAAUAGAAUUAGAAGAUUAAAAAAGCAAAUAGCAUCAUGUUUUCCCACUUUCACUUGAUAAGUUUGGGAUCCUUGAAUUCAUAUCGCAAACUCAAUAGCUUUAGUUCUUAAAAAAAAUAGAAUAUAUGAAAAAAUAUAUAGAUUUUGUGCGUCAACCGCUAAUAGAGACACAAAAAAUAUCAAACUUAGAGGACUGCCUACCUGAUUAAAUUUUUGGACCCAAAUCUCUCUAACCUAAUGCAGGAUCAUAUGGCUUUUAAAAAGGAUUUCGCACUUAGAAUAAAUCACAAAAUUAAGAAUAGAGAACUUCAUUACCAGGAUCAAAUGUUGCAAUAUUAAUCUAUUAAAAUGAAGAUUUUUAAAGUUUAACUCAAUAGAUGUAGGUGUAUAGCAAGCCAGAAACAAAAAUAAAACCUAUCAUAAUAAUAAAUGGUAAAUCUGCAUUUAAGAAACUAAUGCUAUCUAAUGAGCAGGUGUUUUUAAAUUUUUAUUAAACAAAAUACAUUCCUUUUCAUUAAAAGUUUAAGAGUUCGACCAAUCAUUGCAUCUAUUUUUAAAUUACAGAUUAAAAUGGUUAUUAUUUUGUUUUCGCAAAUGAAUUAAGCAAAUUGGAUCUGAUUAGAUGGAUUUAUUAAGGAAUUCUAAAAUUAAUUUAACCAAAGUUUGUUACGAUUGCAUCAAGUAACGAAGUUUUUAGUCAAGACAUAAAUAUCUUAUAGUUGUUUGAAAUUUUAGCAAAGGAAACUAAGUAUUUUGGAAUUUAAUGUUUGAAAAAAUUAAGUUAUAAAGGGAGAUUUUGGAAUAAUUAAUAAGGAAAUUUUGCUGACAUCGCUUUUAAAAUCGACUCCAUGUUUAAAAUUAAAUAAUUUCAUAAUCCCCUUUCUUGCAUUUAUUAAUGGGAGCGAAUACAACCUAUUGUUGAUGAUUAUAUACGUAAGGUUGCUAAUGAAUAUAUUGAUAAUUCGUGGGCUUUAGGAUAUAAUUCAAUAUUACCUAGACUUAUGAAUGAACAUUCAGGUAAAGAAUUAAAAGUUAUUACAUAAUGCAUUGUUGAAUAGAAAUUUAAAAUUAACUAAUUUGAAACUGUAUUUAAUUAAUUUUGCCAAUACAAAAAGAAUAUCAAUGAUUAAUUGAGGAAAUGCAGAUUUCAUUUAUUUAGAAAUGUGUUCCAAUGGGUUUUUUCAAAAAUCUAAGUUUUCCACAAUUACUUUGCGAUUUCAAUAUGUAAUGUAUGCUUCAAUUGCAUUAGGUUUUUUCUUUUCAUUUUAAUGUCCAUAUCAAUUAAUCUAUAACUUACUUGAAAAAUCCGUAGGAUAUACUGCUUUAGCUGUUGCAUUGCCAAUUUUGUAUUCCAUAAACAUUGUGUUGUUCCUCUUACUAACCCAGCUCUACCAUUUUAAUGAUAAAAUCAUUGAAAAAGGUUAUUCAUAAGAAAUCGCUUUGAUGGCUUAAAAGAAUGAAAAGCAGGAGUUUAAAUUUAAAUCCUUAGCUUCCUCCAAUAUUGAUAUACUUUUUAUUUAAGAAUCGAAUGAAUAAAGCAAAUUUGAUAUUGAAGUCUAAGAGGAUGAAUAUAUUCAAAUGGAAACUAAGGAAAUAGAGAAUAAAUACCGAGAUAAUAAUGAACUUUUUUUUUUGUAUAAAUUUCCUCAAUUGAAAUACAUAAGUUUAUACGUUGGCUACAUAUUGGAAACAUAAAAUUAUUUAGAUUUUGGAGUUGUAGUAUUUAUUUAUGCAAACUUGAUACUGGUCCAUGGAAAAAACUUUAUAAAUGAAGAAUCAGAAUUUGAAAUAGCUUUAUGGGCUAUGGUGUUGAUUACGUUUUUGUACCAGUUAAUUACAAAGAGGUUAGGAAUAGUUUGGCUUUUUGUUAGAUUUUCUAUGAUAUCAUAUUUUUGGCAGUUCUUCUAACUACCUAAAAAGGCUACAUCAGCUAAAUAGAGGAUUAAUGAGAAAAGAAAAUUAGGUUCACAGCUGUUGUUGAAUUUUAUUCUAUUUUACGUUUUCAUUGCAAUUGAGUCCUAUUACAAUUAUUGUGGGUAUAUUUUGAUUGGACUCUUUGGAUAUUUGGCAAUAGUUGAUAUAAUUAUUGGCUUUUUUUAGUUUACUUAAUUCCUUUGUUACAGUUCAUCCAUUCCAAAAGAAAAAAAUUAAAUUUGGGAAGGGAAUUUAAUUGAUGGCAUUUCUCAAAUCUUAAAUAAUAAAAUCCACUUAGAGGCUAAUAACUAACUUUUUGAAAUGACAAGAAAACUAGUAGCUGAGACAACUGAAGGCAAAAAAUAGCAGUAAUUGAUGAUGUAAACCCAACUGAUGAACGAUAAAGAUUAUAUCAAUUUAACAAAUACAAUAAAAUUAUAGCUUAAAGAUGAAUUAUCAAAGAAGUAUAAUAUAAAUUAGAUUGAUUUAAAUUAAAUCAGCAAGUUAACGGACUAAGUCAUUACUAGAUAAAUUUAACUUCAUUUGAAAGAAUAAUAAAAUUAACUUAAAUAAACAUAAGAAAUUAAUCAAUAAAAAGUACAAUAAAAUUAGAAUGAUUAAUUGCAGUAAUAAUAGUAAUAGUAGUUAUAGUCAUAUUAGAAUUCUUAAGUCAACUACAACUUGUUAAAUUCAGUUAAAAAAAGCGAUAUUAAAAAUGGCGUCACUGUUAAUUAAAUUGUAAGUGACAUCAAUAAGGGCAGUUUGUUGGAAAGUAAUCCACACAUCGGUAGUUUGUUGGAAAGUAAUAAAAACAUUGGUGGUUAAUUUGGAUAGGCUAAACAAUGAUUAUAUAAC